AUGAUUGCACAUAUUUUCUUGCUGAUUUGCAUCAUUUUUUGUACACAAUCUCAAGAUCCAUCCGACGAGCAGCUCUUCAAAGCCUUCCAAAAACCACAAAUAAUCCAAAACCUCAAAAUCAUCAAUGGACAUUCAGCAAAUCGCGAUCAAUUUCCAUUCAAUGUCAUGCUAAUGCUAUUAAGUCCUAAAAAUAGGUAUUACGGCUGUGGUGGAAGUUUAAUCAAAAGUAAUUGGAUUCUUACAGCUGCACAUUGCCUUGUCAACGCAUCGUCUGGAUUUGUUUAUGCUGGAACAGUGGAUUUAAUCAACGGUCCAACAGCAUACAAAGCUAAGUUUCAAAAGACCCAAAUGUUUCUUCAUCCUGGCUUUGUAGAUGUCAAAAUGGGAAAUGAUAUUGCAUUGAUCAAAUUGCUAACGGAAAUUCCAAAAAGUAAUUUUAUUCAAAUUGUGGACAUGACAUGUGGCAAUUGUGAACUUGAUGGAUUGGAUGGAACCGUCAUGGGAUUUGGAGCUGUAAACGCAAGCGAUGGACGAGUCUCAAUCACAAUGAAGUACGUCAAUAUGGACAUUAUUAGCAAUUACGAUUGUGUCCGGUUCUGGCCUGAUCCAAUAACUGAUGAGAUGUUGUGCACGAAUUCUAGCUCUGGUGGAACUACAUGUUUUGGAGAUUCUGGUUCUGGAUUGAUUGUCAAGCUGUUAGGAAAGGAUAUUCUAGUCGGUGUAGUUAGCUUUGGCAACCAUAAGUGCGCUGUCGGUAACAAGCAUCCUCAAGUUUUUACUCGUGUUUCUAAAUUUUUGGAUUGGAUUAUUAACACAAUUAAGAUUAAUUGUCGAUUUUAAAGUGCAAUGGUACUGA